AUGGCGUUCCUCGCCCCCAAUGCUCGCUGCUGCCUCCCAGCAACCCCGCCCAACCUCUCAUCCCUCGCCACCCCUCCUCCUGCUUCCCAGACUCCUUUUCCUGCUUCCGAAACCGCCGCCCUCUCUGCUGCUGCUGCUUCUACCACCGAGUUUCCAUUCUCCCGUGAUGCCGUCCCCGUUGCUGCUGCCUCCAGUGCCGCUGCUCUGCGCCGUGCAGUGAAGCGGCCAAGGGACGACUGCGUUGGGAGGGGGGCCGACCAGUGUCUGCCGGGUGGUUGUGACAGCCGGUUGGUGCGAAGCGGGUUGGUGCGAGACGGGUUGGUGCAAGGUGGGAUGGUGAGUAGCACGGAGCGCCGGCAUCAGUCAGCAGUGACGGAGCAGUUUGAGCAGCAGGGGGCGAGCAGCAGCAUGCAGCAGGCAGCGGACGAAGCCCUGCUGGAGGCUCUGCUGCAGGAGGAGCGUCGCCAGCUGCACCAGGGAGGAGCGAGGAGCAGGGCGCAGCGGGUGCUGUGGCCGCACGUUGGGUCGGAGAGUGCCCUUCCAGACGACGUGCUGCUGGGAUUCAGCUGUGAGGACCCUGCCUUCACGCAACGCGCCGCUCUCUCUGUUCCUCCGCCUACCCAGCCGCCCAAACCUCUGCCAUCGCCAUUGCCCCCCCAACUCGCUGCUCCGCAUGGCUCUGCUUUCUGCAUUGGUAAUUCCACCCCCUGUGCUGAUUUCGCGGUGCAGCGGGUGGACUGGCCGCAUGUUGCGUCGGAGAGUGCCCGUGAACUUCCACACGACGUGCUGCUGGGAGACCGUACCUCCGCGCAACGUGCUGCUCUCUCUGCUCCUCCGCCCACCCAGCCACUUGCACCGCUGCCAACAGCAAUGGCCUCCCCACUCGCUGCUCUGCCCGGCUCUGCUCCCGGCAGCACAAGCAGCUGCAUUGCAGAGGUACUUGCUGGGAGUACGUGUGGGUGUGGCACAGAGGAGCAGGAAUACGUGGAUGCAUGCAUUAUCGUGCUCGACAACGGAAGCUCCACCGACAACAAAAGCAACGGCACCGACAACAACGACAACAGCAACAGUGACAACGACAACCAGAGUGAUAGGGACAAGGAUGCUCUCUUUCUCGACACGCCCAUGGCCCACCUGCUGCUGGCUGGGAGUGCCCUCGCUGUGCCCUUGGCCAGUGGGCCUGAGGCUCAGAGGCCUGCACCCCCCGGUGCUGCUGGGCCACCCCUCGGUGCUGCUGAGCCACCCAGUCGGGCUGCUGGGUCACCCGUGGCAGAAUGGGCGGCAGAGCAAGGAGGGGCCGGGGAGGCAGGUGCCGACUGGCACAGGCAGCAGCAGGGGCUCACCCAGGAGGCGACGCUUGCACAGUGGAAGGCAUGUGGGUGUGUAGAGCUGGACCGUGCUGCAGCAGCCCUUCCCAUCCGGUGCUCUACCGGCUCUCUGUUUGACACGCCCUGCCAUGCUGCCUCCGUGGCCUGA